AUGAUGGUAAAUAAAAGCCGUUUUGAUUAUCUCCAAGAAGUUGGUCCUUCCACCCCUACCGGUACUCGUAUCGAAACAGAGAAGAGUUCUUCCUGCAUUGAUCCCUUGCCAGAGAGUUUUCAACCAGGAAAAUGGGAUGUCUUGUGCUGUGGAGGAAAAGAAGGAUCUGAGCAUGUUGGGAACCGACGAUAUAGACUAUGUAUUGCAAACAAUUUGACGGCGUACAGAAAUGCCAAGUCAAAAUAUCAUAAGUCCAUGCUUGUCAGCAAAAUCGUCGCCUCCGUCAAGGAACGAGCCGAGAAUGGAAUCGGAGGCUUUGUCAAGAAGGACCGAUCGACCGGUAGAUGGUUCCAGGUGGAAGACAAGCUCGCUAGAGAAAAAGUUAGUCAUGCUCUGAGGGACGCCAUCAAGGUUCAAAAGAGGAAAGAGGCAAGGCAAAGAAAGAUCAGUGAUAGGCUUGAUACAAGGGUGUCUCCUAACAUCCGAGGGCGUCUACAAACGGAUAUACUAACUGGGUCAAAACUUGCUCUUGAGAGUCGGAUGUGUUCGAAAGAAUCACCUUCCGGUCUUGUAUCAAGCAUGAUGUUCCCUGACAAAACCUCCCAAAACUGCUUGAAGCAAGGAUUGCAGCCUCGUGGUACAGGUGACGAUUGCCCCUUUAAUGAAAUUCUUGGAUUGGUUGCUACCUGGGACGACGACUGGGAGCAGUCAUUAAAGGAAUGUACCGAGCGUUUCCUGAAAUCUGACAAUGAAUGGACCUAUUUCACGAGCUGA